AUUGUAAUUUUAUAUCUCACAGGAAAUGCAAAAUUAAUAUCUCAUUGCAGGAAAUCAUUUUAAACAUCGACUUGGCACCAACAUUUAUAGCUCUGUCUGCCCAGACUGCCCCAUCACAAAUGGACGGCAUGUCUUUCCACAACCUUCUAGCGCAGAAUGCCACAAUUCCAGCCUCCAGUUGGCGAGAGAGUUUUGUGAUUGAACACCAGGGGGCGUACAACGAGAUUAUUCCAAAAUGCCCUCAAUUUGAUCACAUGGACCUGUCUCACUGCAACAAAAUUUGUGUGUGUGAGGAUGCCAAGAACAACACGUACAGCUGCGUAAGGACGCUCUCAGCAGACACCAACUACUUGUACUGUGUGUUUGAGGACACUGAGAAUUUUGAGGAAUUUUAUGACCUGAAUAAAGACCCCGACCAGCUCUCCAAUGCCAUCCAAACAGUGGGUAAAUCAGUACUUAUGGACCAGAGAAAGAAGUUAAUGGAGCUGUCUGUCUGUCAGGGACCCUCUUGUCACAAGAUAUGACCAUGCCAUGUACUUUUAAUUCAGGUCAUGGUGCCUGGCUUGGUUUUUAAAUAGUUUCAUUGUGUCUGCAUUUUGAAAUUUAUAAUAUCAAAACAUUUUUUUUGUAAACAUAUUAUAUGUUUACA